ACACGGCCUGCGUAAAACACCGCAUGCACAAUCAUACGGGUGGACUUUAAACAAGGAAUGCUCGUCUGUAGGUUUAUCCUAAUGAUUUAUAUAGCGAAAAUGUUUGUUCGGACCUGCCUUAAAGCAUCUUUAUCCACUGAGGGAAAAAAGAUGCCGUUGUAAAACUUUUCAGUGCUGACGAGAGAAAGGUAGCGAUGGGUGAGGACGAUAAAACAGAGUGAAGAACUUUUCAUAAGGCCCUUCGUCGUCAAGGAGGAUCAGCAUGAUAACAUAGAUAGCAUCUUUAUUGGUUCAAGGGAAAGAGACAAAGUUUUGGCCGAAGUAUGGCGCGAGAGACCGGAGAGUCUGGAGAAACGAAAAGUACUAAAGUGAAAAAGCAUAAAAGAAGGAAAAGCAAAAAGGAGAGCAAAACAAGGACUGUGCACGCCAACAUUUUAUAUGACCAUACCAAAGGAGGGGAUAACCCCAACAGACACUAUGCAAACAAUAAGAUCAAAACCACAAAAUACACUCUGCUUUCUUUCCUACCGAAGAACCUCUUCGAGCAGUUCCACCGAUUUGCCAACGUGUAUUUUGUUUUCAUAGCCUUACUGAAUUUCGUGCCUGUGGUCAAUGCUUUUCAACCAGAGUUGGCUCUUGCCCCUGUGGUUUUUAUUUUGUCCGUUACCGCUAUCAAGGAUUUAUGGGAGGAUUACAGACGACACCGCUCGGAUAAAGAAAUCAAUCAUAUGGACUGUCUCGUUUACAGCAGGAAUGAGAAACAGUAUGUGGAAAAAUACUGGAAAGAGUUGAGGGUCGGAGACUUCAUUCGUCUGCGCUGCAAUGAGAUUCUGCCAGCGGAUGUUCUGCUGCUCAGCAGCAGCGACCCGGACCGUCUGUGUCACAUUGAGACGGCCACACUGGACGGCGAAACCAACCUCAAGCAGAGGCAGGUGGUGCGCAGCUUUAUCGACCUGGACUGUGAGUUUGACCCAUUCAAAUACAACAGUGUUAUUGAAUGUGAGAAGCCCAACAAUGACCUCAACAGAUUUCGCGGAUACAUAAUUCAUCGCAGUGGUAGGAGAGACGGCCUGUACAAAGACAAUCUGCUGCUCAGGGGCUGCACCAUUCGCAACACAGAGGAGGCUGUAGGAAUCGUCAUCUAUGCAGGUCAUGAGACAAAAGCAAUGCUGAACAACAAUGGCCCUCGUUAUAAACGCAGCAAACUGGAGCGGCAGAUGAACGUAGACGUGUUCUGGUGUGUCGUCAUCCUCCUGGUCAUGUGCCUCUUUUCUGCCAUUGGACAUGGCCUGUGGAUGUUUCAGUAUGGAGAUAAGAGGCCUGUCUUUGACGUCCUGAGCCCAGAAGGAACAGACUUGUCUCCAGUGGUCUCAGCCAUUUAUCUCUUCCUGACCAUGAUUAUAGUAUUCCAGGUGCUGAUCCCAAUCUCGCUCUUUGUUUCCAUUGAAAUAGUGAAGAUAUGCCAGGUGUACUUCAUCCAUCAGGACAUGGAGCUGUACGAUGAGGAAACAGACUCUCACCUCCAGUGCAGGGCUCUGAACAUCACAGAAGACCUGGGCCAGAUGCAAUACAUUUUCUCUGAUAAGACCGGCACGCUCACAGAAAACAAGAUGGUGUUUCGCCGUUGUACUGUGGCAGGAGUCGAGUACUCGCAUGAUGCCAAUGCGAGGAGGCUUGCUAUGUACCAGGAAAUGGAUUCAGAGGAGGAGGACUGUACAUCUCAUGGUGGGACUCUCCCACGGCGGGACAGCGUCACCAGCCACCAGAGUGGAAAAGUGGUGUUGAGAUCACAGAGCACCAAAUCUCACCGUCGCACCGGGAGCAGAGCCGAAGCCAAACGGGCCAGCAUUCUGUCCAAACACACUGCCUUCAGCAGUCCCAUGGAAAAGGACAUUACUCCAGAUCCCCAGCUCAUGGAUAAAGUCAAUGAGUGUAGUAGUCAGAUGGAGUUCAUGCGUUUUCACAGUCAGCCCCUGAACCAAAUUCCCCCUGACCUGUGUGACAUCUUUGACUUUUUCAUCGCCCUCACUAUCUGCAACACUGUGGUUGUUUCAUCACCCAAUCAACCCCGACAGAAGGUGCGUCGCUACGAGUUGAAGUCUCCAGUGAAGACCAUCGAGGACUUCAUCAAGCGCUUCACUCCGAGCCGUCUGACCUCUGGCUCCAACAGCAGCAGCUCCUCCAGUCUGGCCACCAACCGCUCGUCCUCCCAUAAAGUGGGCUGCAGCCUGCUGUCCUCCCCCUCGGCCGAGAGCACGCUCACCAAGCUGAACGAGGAGAAGCGUCCAGAGCAUGACCUGCAGCAUGCCUUCAGCCCCACCCCACCCAACUUUGAAAAAACAAAAGCUUUGGCUCAAGAUGAAUGCGAGCUUAGAUAUGAGGCAGAAUCACCGGAUGAGGCAGCGCUGGUUUAUGCAGCCCGGGCCUACAAGUGUGCUCUUGUCGGUCGUUUACCGGAUCAGGUAACCGUGGAGCUUCCACACUUGGGCAAGCUGAGCUUCGAGCUUCUGCACACACUGGGCUUUGAUUCCACAAGAAAGAGGAUGUCGGUGGUGGUAAAACACCCGCUAACAGAGCAAAUCACGGUCUACUCCAAGGGUGCUGAUUCAGUCAUCAUGGAUUUGAUCAGACCAGCCACAGAUGAUUGCAAAGGAAAGCGACAAAGGAAAAUCUUGUAUAAAACUCAAAACUAUUUAAAUCUUUAUGCUGCAGAUGGUCUCAGAACACUCUGUAUUGCCAAAAAGGUUCUCAGUAAGGAGGAGUAUGCAAGUUGGCUACAACAUCACCUGGAAGCUGAGACCGCUAUACAGAGGAGGGAGGAGCUGCUAUUUGAGUCUGCAUUACGACUAGAGACCAAUCUCCAACUUCUGGGAGCAACAGGUAUUGAGGACAGACUUCAGGAUGGGGUUCCCGAGACCAUCGCCUCUCUGAGAAAAGCGGGCCUUCAGAUCUGGGUGCUGACAGGAGAUAAACAAGAGACUGCCAUCAACAUUGCCUACGCCUGCAAACUGCUGGACCCAGAGGAGGAGAUAAUCACUCUUAAUGCUGACUCACAGGAGGCCUGUGCUGUAUUGCUCGAGAACAGUCUGCACUACAUCCAGGCCAAGUUCCUUUGCAACCCUCGACCAGAUCCUCAAGCAGCUAGAGACUAUGCUGGCAUCCACUUCUCUUCUCCGGUGUGUUCCCCGGCCUCCUCUGGCCACUCCAGUCCCUUCCUGGUGCACCGGCUAGGGCUGGUGAUCGACGGCCGGACCUUGGCCUACGCACUGGACAAGAGUUUGGAAGACAAGUUCCUUGCUGUGGCUCGAAGUUGCAGGUCCGUUCUAUGCUGUCGCUCGACGCCCCUGCAGAAGAGCAUGGUGGUCAAGUUAGUGCGUAACAAGCUCAAGGUCAUGACGCUGGCAAUAGGUGACGGCGCUAAUGAUGUUAGUAUGAUCCAAGUGGCUGAUGUAGGAGUGGGAAUCUCCGGACAGGAGGGCAUGCAGGCUGUAAUGGCCAGUGACUUUGCCCUGCCACGAUUUCGAUACCUGCAGAAGCUGCUCUUGGUUCACGGCCAUUGGUGUUACUCUCGUCUCGCCAACAUGAUCCUCUACUUCUUCUACAAAAACGCUAUGUUUGUUGCCCUCAUCUUUUGGUAUCAGUUCUACUGUGGGUUCUCUGGGUCAGCCAUGGUUGAUCAGUGGUACCUGAUUUUCUUCAACCUGAUGUUCUCCGCAUUCCCUCAGCUCAUCACCGGCACCCUUGACAAAGAUGUGUCAGCAGAAACCCUGCAGGAGUUGCCGCAGCUUUACAUGAAUGGGCAAAACUCAGAGGAAUAUAAACCCUACAUGUUCUGGAUGAACAUGAUUGAUGCCUUCUACCAAAGCCUCAUCUGUUUCUUUAUCCCUUACUUUGCUUACGUUGACUCUGAUGUGGAUUUGUUUACAUGGGGCACUCCCAUCACCACCUUGGCACUCUUCACCAUUUUGCUACACUUGGGCAUCGAAACCAAAACCUGGACAUUGAUGAACUGGAUGUCGAUUGGCUUCAGUAUAGCUCUCUUCUUUACUGUGGCGCUGUGCUACAAUGCUUCCUGCCCAACAUGUUUCUCUCCAUCCAACACUUAUUGGAUCAUGCAGAAGCUGCUGGGAGAUCCUAUAUUCUACCUGCUGUGUGUUGUCACACCUAUUGCCGCUCUUCUUCCCAGAUACUUUUAUAGAGCUUGUCAGGGAACUCUGUUUCCAAACCCUGUCCACAUGGGAAGACAACUGGACAAACUGCCAGUGGACAUGCGCAGGAUCUUCCUGAGUCAGAGCCAGAUGAAGCUGGGCUCCCUCGGGUCACUGUUUGCCCCCCGUGCCCCAUUUUUCCCUCUCUGCGGGCCUUUCCAGAAAGACUACAGGCCCAGGGUAAAACAGACCCACAUGAGUGGCACCAAACAGAAGGAGAAAGCUAUAGCCAACCCCAUCCCAUCAAAGAGCAUGGAGAUGCGGGACACACCUUUAAGCUCAAAAAACUCUGACAACCAUAUCACACUCAACUUCAGAAUGCAGGAAGAAGUUCAGUCCUGCAGACAGGGCUCAGACAGCCCCCUAUCUGAGAACUUACACUGCGUGAAGGAACCUUCGAGUCCCAUUUCAGGCACUCUGCCGUACACCAAAGACACUCCUGGCUCCAGGACUAUUUUGGAUAGCACAGGCUUGGAGGCCCCGCUGAGUCCAACAGACCUCUGUCAGGUCGAGUUGCUCACCUCCACUCCACUGCUUCCUCAAACCGAGAGUAUGCAUCUCAUGUCGCCACCCAGAAGUUGUUUUUUGGGACAAAAGCUGGACGACGAGGACCAUUCAAACCAAAAGUCCCUACUGAAACAGGCCGGGGAUGUGGAUCACACCCAUUCUACUAGCUGCCUACAGGAACAUUCACUCAAAACAACAUUUCUAUGAUGCUUUCUACACGUUACGCUGAUUCAAAUUUGCACGUUAGCUUUAAGAAAUGUUAUUAUAUAUUCAUGAUUAUUUUAUGAAGAUAUAGGUUGGUACUACACACACACAUAUAUAUAUAUAUAUAUAAAUAAUAAAUUUUUUAGAUGUAUAAAAUUUUGUUUUGUUUUUUUAAGAAAGAGUGGCCAGCACAUGCAAACUGGAUGGUUUUAUGAUUUACUUUGACUUUUUAAUUUUUUUUUAUCCAUCUCAAAAGUGGAGGCGGUUUGUUUCUCGAGGCAGAAGCAGUCCAGAGACAUUCCUUUAUCUGUUUAUUUGAACCUGGAUGUUCUGGCGCACUUUAAAGAACCUUCCUCUCCUACCUUUAGACACUGCAGAUAGCACUACAUUUGUAUUUUCGCCAUCCCAGUACUAAAAAAAAAAAAUCAUGGUACCCUUCAUUGUCAGUAUCUACAGAAAUUUUAGUAACACUUUACGAAAAGUGAACAAGAGAAGUCCUGAUCUAAUACUUUGUUUUGAAUAAAGGCAUGAACUAAUCAAGAACUAAUAGUGUGCGACGGGAGUCUUUAAUAACAGCCUUAACAUCAUGUUAGUACAUAUCUGGUUUACUUUUAGUUAAUGUAUUAACACUUUCAAUCAAAUGAUUUAUAUUACAAAGAAUUUGAAGUGGCAAACUCUAAUCUGACUUUAAUUAAACAUGCAUGAUUUUAAUUCAUUAUAAUGCCUGAAUAACCAAACUUCUUUAAAUUCUUUGUCAUACAGCCAUUCUAAUGCAUUAACUAUCAAUCUUAUUUAAACAUGUUGUUAAAGUGGCCAUUUUUCACAUGACUCCCUCUGAUUCCAGUCAUGCUAGUGCUUAAUUAGUUCUUGAUUAGUCUGUGAGUUCAUUCACCAUAAGUUCAGCUAUUUGUUCAAUUAUUAAUACAUGAUUUAGGUAUCCUAUUUGUAAAGUGUUAGUGAAAUUCCUUAAAUUUGCGUUUGUGUUUUUCGAUCCCCUGACGAGUUUGAUUAGUGCUGAGCAAGAGAUGCUCUCUACUCUUGUUGAUUUUAAGUUUUUGCUGUUUAAAGGACUAUGCAUGACACUUUUAUUCUAUUGCAGCUCUUAGACAUCUACCAGACGUUAAGAUGUCUCACACGAACAUCAUUACAGAUUUACUAGAGUCAAACAUUACCGUGUAAAGUCCUCUAGCGCAGUUGAGCCCAAUGGGGCUUUCUCGCUUUUCAUGUUUUCAUAAACAGAUGGUGCUUGUGGUAGAUUCCAGCUCAAGUAUAUGUUUGUCUUUUUCUUCAUUUUUUGCUGCUGCUUUUGUUUCUACACACAUUUCUGCUGGAGAGGAUUUCACUUUGCCUUUUUAUAUAUAGUUCUAUUCAUUCAGUCAUUGUGCAGAGGGCUUUAGGAAAUAAAAGCCGAUGCAUUAAGCUAAUUGGUGUUUGUUGUCAGCAAAGGAUCCUGGGACGUGGCAUUAGAAGAUUUGAUUCAGUGCAUGUGUGAACAGAAAGACAUGCUGAUAUGCCACUUGACUCUGUUUUCUUUAGGCAUUUUUAUGGCCUGAUCUGUUGAUAUAUAUGCUUCUUCUGUUAUUUGCUAUGAUUGUAUUUUUCUGCUGUUUACUCUAUACAUGAUCCUUGACCAAAGACGCAAGAAGCACAUGACCGCUGGAGCGUUUGUACUGUAACGGCUUGCUCGGGCUGAUCGUUUUAUCAGUUAGCAAUUUAAUUGGCUCAGGGCAGCUACUCUUUUAUUAAAGGGAUAUUUCAGGCAAAAUGACACUUCAUGUUGGUUUAGAACGACACGAGGGUGAGAACACAAUGACAGAAAUGUCAUUUUUGGCUGAACUAUCUCUUUAACCGUCUUUUUGCCCUCACCGCUCAAGCUACUAUACCCAAACUGGUCCUAUUUUUUCAUGACCAGAAUCAUGUAUUGUAUGCAUUUGUGUCUCGCUCACCCUCAGGAAUGUCAACAUAUGUUCAUAAUAGCAUUCCAUUUUGAUCAGUCUAUUCUAAGGGAAUUAACAGACUAUUCCAUGACUUUGUGACUUCUCAUUGUUUUAAAGCUGGAAUAUGUGUAAUGAACUGUUCAGCCGAGCACAUAGGAGGUUAUCCGUUUGUUCCACAAGACAAUAUUCCACGCUUCCGCAAAUGUCAGGGGUGUGCCGUAUUAUAGAGUCCCCUAGAGAGAUGCUAAAACAGUUUUUAUGAGAUGAUUUGUCAUGCUGUGCUCACAUAACCUCAAGGCCUCACCAAUCUGUUCGUUCGGGAUCUCAUUUGGGCAGUCGCUAUCAAAACCGCUGAUUUAUGAACAGCCUACCAGGAGGAUUAUGAGAUCUAUUGUGUUCAUUACACAACGAAUGGUGUGAACAGAAUGUGCUCAGACCAAAAAAAACAGGGGUGUUACAUUAGAAAGCUUCUCGAUUGUACUUCCUUGGCAUUCAUAAACACAAAAACUCAUGUUUUUUGAGAGAACUGGGUGUAUAUAGAGGGCGAUGCAGUAUUAAGCUGGAUGUGAGACAGGAAAAAAACGACUGACUGUCUCUGUAUAUGUCUGGAUACUACAGUAAAACCCUAAAGAAGAUAAUAUGAAGCACACUAGUACUUUGUCCCGUCAGUUGUUCUUCUGCACAGCUCAGGUUCAGCACUCGCCGCUUUGAGCAAUAUUUUCGUCUCGCUGCAUUUGACAUGUUUAUAGCAUCCAAAGUUUUGUUUUAUUUACAUUGUUUGAUAAUGCCAACAUCUGUAUGUGCUUUAGUUAUGCAAGAAAAAGGUUUUAUACGAUGUAGAAUAUAUAUUAUGUGCCUUAACACUGGAGAAGACAUAUGUAGACAGCAGUACAUACAGUGAAUUUUAUAUACAUGCAGUAUAUGUAAAGUUAUUUGGAAUUAUAUUAAUAAAUGAGGUUUAAUAAAGUUUAAAAAUCUGUUUGGUUUUUAACAAAUUGAAGAGAUUAUGCUGUAUUUUUUUUCCAUGCUAUAUUUGUUUGUUGUUUUUAGAUUGGAAUGUGCCAGUACUUUGUCUGUCAAGUUCUUGGCCAAGCAUCACAUGCUGUAAUAGAAUCCAUUCACAGCUGCAUUCCAGAGCCUUUCCUUAAUUUCAGGCCAGAUCACCAGCAGGAAUGCUGUCCUUCAGAGUUUGUUAUAGCACACAUGUAAGCAUUGGGUGGACUUUUUGAUACUCAGCAUGACUUCUAUCACUGUCACUGCCAUGACUGUUUCUGGCUCAUUGUACUGUAAUUGGUGUUUGUUGUAGUCACACAAAGGUUGAGUUUGUCUCGCUGUAGGCUCACUACAUUGCCAGCCUUUCAUGAAAACACCUGUUUCAAGUGGUUCUCUGACAUUUUGGAGGGGUUUCUUAAAUUGUUCACUCGUUCUAUGUUUGUUUCUUGACGAUACACAACUCUUUUAUGUCAUAAAACUGAAAUAAAUGGUAAGAAAAUGUU